ACUGCACAGGCGCAGAACGCAGCUCGGUGCUGGAGAAGCUGAACGGCACUAAGGCAGCCGAACCGGCCGACGCACCGACACUUCCCAGCGGACAGCCGCCGCUGCAGCCUCCAGAGUCCCGCUAGAGAACAGGCGUUUUUAAAACCACGUGCAGCCGCUGUGGGAAGGGAAACACCCCGCUGUUUACAGGCUGAAGACAGAGCUGCGGCGCACAGGCAUGGAUUUAAGCAGAUGAUAGCUGACUGCAUGAGAGAUGCUGCAGGAGAAGGUUUCAGCUGUGACGGAUGAAUGUAUGAGCCGGGUCCAGACCGGCGGGGAGACGGAUCUCCUUCCAGACCAGUCCCGACUGGGUCUGUCCACAGCUCCCACCAUUCCCGGCUCCAGUGAGCCCGACCAGAGCAUUGAGAACAUUAAGGUCAUUCUUCAUGAGAGGGAGCUGUGGAAGAAGUUCCAUGAGGCCGGCACAGAGAUGAUCAUUACUAAAGCAGGCAGGAGGAUGUUUCCUGGCUACAAGGUAAAAGUAAACGGGAUGAACCCCAAAACCAAAUACAUCCUACUUAUUGACAUUAUCCCAGCUGAUGACCACCGCUACAAGUUCUGUGAUAACAAGUGGAUGGUGGCUGGCAAGGCUGAGCCAGCAAUGCCAGGCAGACUCUAUGUGCACCCUGAUUCUCCCGCCACAGGAGCUCACUGGAUGAGGCAACUGGUAUCGUUUCAGAAGCUCAAGCUAACAAACAAUCACCUGGACCCUUUCGGGCAUAUCAUCCUGAACUCUAUGCACAAGUACCAGCCCAGACUACACAUAGUCAAAGCAGAUGAAAACAACGCCUUUGGAUCCAAGAACACUGCCUACUGUACUCAUGUCUUUCAUGAGACAACCUUCAUCUCUGUAACAUCUUAUCAAAACCACAAGAUCACUCAGCUGAAGAUAGAAAACAAUCCAUUUGCCAAAGGGUUCCGAGGUAGUGAAGAAGGAGAUCUGCGUGUUUCAAGACUACAGGGGAAAGAAUAUCCGGUGAUUUCGAAGAACAUGGUUCGCCAGAGGCUCAUCUCCUCGCAUAGUCACCUAGCAGGGAAGCUCGGAGCAGGAGUUUUCACAGGGCACCCUCAAGUCCUGUCCUCUUAUCAGUAUGAGGCUGGGGUUCCUUUGUCUAACUCAGACCCCCAAGAUCAUAUCGCGAACCACUUCCCUCAGAGCAGAGAUCCCAGCCUUCUGUACCACUGCUUCAAACACAGAGAUAAUGCCCGACACUUGGAGCUUGGAUGUAAGCGGCCAUAUCUGGAGACAUCAUCUGCAGUCUCAGAGGAGCAUUACUUUCGUUCAGCUCCCUCUUAUGAGUCGCCCUUACUGUCUCAUCCGUACUGCACUGAGGCAAUCACCUCUAGAGAAGCUUGUAUGUACGGUAGUAUGGAAACAGAGUCUGGAUCUGGGGCAGGGGACACAGAUGACCUGACCAACUCCUCUUCACUAAAUUGCAACAUGUGGGCUACAAUGCAGCCCUACCCUCGCUAUAGCGUGGAGGGUGUCCCGUACCAGCCCUUCACUGCUCAUUUCACCAAUGCUGCCACGGUCACGCCUGUUGUACCGCACCCCACAUCAUCCAUGGCAUCACGACCACAGGCUGACUUGGGGGUCUACAACUCAACUACGGUCCAGCGAGGUUUGCCCGUCAUAUCUCCUUCAUCUUCCUCUUCAUCCUGUUCUCCAGCUGUUCUGGGAUCCAGAGAUAAGUCAGGCCAUUCACCUUUGUACCACAAGAAGCCAGGGUCACCGCUCCGGCCUCACAGAGAUUUCUCAGCCUAUCCCACACAAGGCACUAUAUCCAUCCGGGAUCCAUCCUAUCAGUACCAAGUGGGCCUGAGUAGCGCAGGGACUCACUGGACUGACAGUUAAUGUGGACCACUGGAGGAACCAGUUUUGUCCAAUGUACAAGUCUGAAAUUAAUCAAGGUUCAAAACCCCACUGUGGGCUGCUGAUGCCAAGCAAUGAUAAUGAACUACAGCCAAAUUGCACUCCAAAGCCAUUUAGGUCCAUGAAUUCUCACUGAAGCACUAUUACAUACAACAUUGUAUGUGGUGAACAGUAGCUGACCUCUUUACUUAUGCUAGUGUGUAGCAUAUGUAGUAGCCUGUUAUCAGAUAGGGUGGUUUUCUAACACUCAAAUGCAAAGUGCAGGUUUGAGCAGCACUUCAAAGUCUAUCAGAGCGAGCUGUAAGUUCAAGAGCACAAGAAGUGUUAAUGCACAACAAAGUCUGACAGUAACUUGCUAACAACAAGUAGUGUUAGCUACCUAACCUGAAGUAACAAUGAGAAUCAUUUUUCAGACAAUAAUGUAGAUAGGGGAAAAUCAAAUAAUUUCUGUGCUUGCUCUUGAAAAGCAUGAAAGAUAUGUAAAAUAUGUGUACAUGAUGGCCUUUCAGGGAAAUCCGAGCACUGAGGGUUUUAUCAUUUCUUGCAGAGCUCCACCGUUUUUCUUAUUGUCCACAAAUCCAAUGAAAAGACCAAAACCAAGUGUGUUAGUCCAUCUCUCAGUACUUUCCCCUGUCUGUUUCACUCAUCCCCAAGCUCAAUGGUUUCUACUGAAGAUGUAAAUAUUUAAAACUGGUUACAAAUAUAACAUUUCAUUAUCAAAAAAGUCUCAGUAAUGUCCUAAAACAGCUGGGCACUGUAGUUUUCAGCAAACGAUACUUAAACAGGAGUAAAGUGUAUUUGUUGGGGACUAUUUUCAGUUGCUGAUUAAUGAAGCAAAGCCUGUGAGCUAGUUCAGGCUGUCAACUCGAGUCUGCCGCUUCACUCACAUGGCAUACUCAUCUCACUGCAACAUUUAUCUAACUUACCCUUUUAAUGUACGUAACUGUAAGCUGUCUGUAAGCUGCUCACUCUUUUGCUGCCUUCCUGCUGCCACAUGGCUCACCUGCAAGCUAUGCUGUCACUUGCUGUUCAUAGAGCACUUCAAAAGCCCCACCUCCACCUGAGUCUAUGUUCUCCUGGGGUGGGGAGUGACAAGGUCACACCAAAUACCAAAGCUGUAUGUAUUCUACACUCACAUAAUAAUCCAAUCCACGUGAGGUGACUGACUAAAAUAUACAUUUGGUGGGCUGGUGAGUGUUUUCGGCAGCAGGAUGUGUAUGAUUGACUAAAAUUUAUUACAGUGGCUGUGUUCGUGGUAAUAAAGGAACAUGUCAACCUGUGCAACAGUGUGGCUCAAUCAUGUGAAGGAUCAAUACAUAGGUGGUUUGGGUCUUUUCAUGGGAUUUGCUGACAAUAAGAAAACAUACAAUAUACAUGUUCGACAGGGGGUCGAUGUCCAAAAGUUAUCACAGCCAAGCUCCUUUGAGUCAUAAUUAUUCACGUGCCAAAAUGAGAUUUUGAACUUGAUGCAUAGGGUAAAAGUGCGGUGCAAAGUGAGACUGAUCAUAUCAGAAUAUAGCAGAGAAAUUAAAGUUUUUAAGUUCAUUGUGCGCUAAGAAUCGUAUGCGAAAAGACAUUAAAUUAGCUGACUAUGUAUGACAGUCUUUUCCCAUGCUGUACAUACAGAGCAAUUAAAUCAAGUGAAAGGUGCACCAAAAGACCACCCAUCGUGAGAGUUGUUAGUGUAUGGGUCUUAUCCAAAUACUUUCUACAGAUCUAUGCUAGUUGCGUGACACUAACACUCAUCUGAAGAAAACAUCAUGUUGUGAGUGUUAAGACUAAGCCAUACUACUGUGGUCGGUUGUUAAAGCUUGGCUCUAAACUCAUGACUCUAAACAAUAUUCUAGUGAAACGGGACAGCAAAGAACUCUCAGGCAGAACCAGAUGGGAGCUUAAAGAACUGUUGUUAGGCCAUGGCGAGUGCCGGAAAAGAGAGCUGCAGACAAAUCCCACUCCCAAAUUACUUACUUGGAAAAAAACUGCAAAUACAAAACAGCCUGAGCAGGCAGGGAAGGUGAAAGAAACGGCUCCCAGUAGGCUCUCACUUACAAUGACAAGAUUAUUAGUAGGAUGAGGGUGAUCCCUCAGGCAUUUGUGCAUUGUCCCUUUAUUUCAUGUUGUUACAUUCAACAUAAACUUUUUGAAUAUAUUGACAUUUUUGCACACCUGACAAAUAAACAUUUUCAUGCCUCUAAUUGUUUGCUAUAUUUAAUCCAAAACCAACAUUGUACAACUAAACUACAUUAUUCACUUGAAAUUAGAUAUUUUUAAGAAUCCAUUGGUCCUUGAGGCUUUGCAUAUUAGAGCAUUUUCAAAUUUAAGCCAUUCUUUGGCGGUUUUAUUACGGUAACAUCAUGUGUGAACUGUUAAAAAAUGGAAGUAAGAACAAGCAAUAGCUCAGACUGUGCUGUUUUUACAGCCCAGUAUCCCUAGGAAUUACGUCCAUAUUGGAUGAUUCCACAGCUCAGGAUUUACAUCCAAUGUCAAUGUUCCUUUAAAUUAAGCAUAACCAUGAUCUUUCCCUAAUGCCACAGGUGCCGUGCGCAGAUAUUGUAGAAAGCAAGAAUUUGAAAAACGCUGGCAUUGGUUGUAAUUCAUGGCUUUGCAGAAUCAUCCAAUAUGGAGAUUCUUGUCUGGCGAUAGGCUUGUGUUUUUAUUGAUAUACGGGGGAAUGUCACAACAAACUGCAUGGCAAGAUUAGAUUUUUUCUUGCUUACUUGCAAAAAUAUAGCACAUACCUUGAACAAUGAUAGUAAAGAUUUUAUACAACAGCCAAAACAUUUUAAUACCAGAACACCAGUUGAUAUUGUUCAAUUUAACCUCGAGAUUUUAAUGUGACAUUAAAGUUCUACUAGGUAAGUUUAAUUGAGAUUCAGACAUUACAAACUUGUAAAAAGCUUUGUUAGGACCUACAUAUACACAGUAUAUGUUUGCCUGGCGUCAUGGAAACAGUAACGUGCCAAAGCUGGGCAUUUAAAUGCAACUCUCUCUCCUACAUAAACUUGUAAAAUGAAUACUAAAAAGCUUUGGAGGAUCUAUGGUGACGCAGUUUCCAUUUAAUUUGAAUGCGUCUUCAAACAUGGCUGUUUUUCAGAGGCCAUGGUCCAGAGUUCGUAGGUCCAUGAAUUCUUACUGAAGCAACUUCUCCAUUACUAAACUGGUUUCACUGUACAACACACGAUUUAUACAAUAUAAAGACCACUACUUUACCACUAUAUGGUGCUGUCCAAUAGAAACAAGAAGAUGUACUUACAGAAGAGUAUCCACUUGAGUAACAAUCAGUAAAUGUCAAAUGGAUCUACAAUCAAAAGUCAAGGUAAAGCAAAUAUGUUGAAAAGAAUGUAGACAGCAAGAUGAGUACAUCAGCAUGCAGGGCACUGCUUUCUCUCACACAGAGCUCUUAUUAGAUCAUGAGUUAUGCUGAUGGCUAGGUCCUGGUUCAUGUCAGCACCUCUUUCUCAGCUGUUGACGCAUUUCACAUGAAAGGAGGCUCUUCGAGCUACCACUAAAAUCAACAAAUCAUCAGCAGGCUAUCUUCAAAUGUUGAGCGAUAACUUGCCUGAUAAUAGUGAUCAGACAUUCAUUUAGCUGUCAAAGUAUAGUUUCAGUCACCAGUGUUACUCUUUAACCUGAUUUGCUGAAAGGGCGUUACCAGUGUUUUUGCUCAUUUUAACUACACAUUUCCUUAACUACAAAUCAUGUCUAGUCCAUUUCCCUACUGUUCCUGGCAGCCAUUGGCUUCCAUGCAUUUUAAUGUGGCAUAAAAAUCAAUUGGCAGCAGUGAUCAUCAAGUCUGCAUUACUUUUGUAAAACUUUGUUAAAUUUCAAGAGAAUAUACAUACAGAAACAAACAGCUGCCUGGAAUGAUCUAAAAUACACCAGCCUGUUUUGCUAAAUGGUUAGCUGUAAUAUACAGUAUGUGGUUUGCAGUAAAUGGGAUAAAACAUGCAAAACCACUGGUAUGGAGACCCUGUGUCCCAGAAAUUCUGUUCAUAUACUACUAAUACGUUCAAGGGAAAUAUAAUGCUGCCUAGAUUAUGUUCACUCGCAACGUUUUUUCCAGUUAAGUGCUACGUUCUUGUACCACACACAAGACACAGAUGGCCAGGGUGGCUGGUGGAUGUACAAAGUACAGGACGUUUGGUUAUUGAAGGAUUGUGGUUUUGCUUAAAUGUUAAUAAAGUAUACACAUCCAACUUAAUUUGGGGGCAGCAUUAUGUUUCUCUCAAACUGUAUUUGUUGUUGCAUAUGGUUCUGGUCAACAUUAUUGGCACCCCUGUACAUUUAAGUACAUCAUGUACAAUAUCAAUUUGGCCAAUAGACACUCAUGUUUGACGCAGAACAGAAAAAGGGAUAAAACAAUAAGAAUUUUAAAAAGCAAUAGGAAGAACAAGUAUAAAAACAAAAAGAUUGCCAUGGCACAAGUAUGAGCACCCUUUUGAGGAAUUCAAAUCAGUUUGAAAAAAAAAUUACUAGAUUAGACUCAUCUGUGAUAUAUUGUCAGUGCUCACAUGACUUGAAUUAACCAAUGAAUGAUGGCUUUAGUGGUUAAAAAGGCCACUUUAUUCCCCAUUUCUUGUUUUCACAAUGGUGAGAGAGCUGUCUGAGAACAUCAGAAGUGCUAUUAUCACCAAACACAAGAAGUCUAAAGGGUACAAGGCCAUCUCCAAAGACCCUGGCAUCCCUGUUUCAACAGUGUGCAACGUUAUUAAAGAGUUUGCUACUCAUGGAACUGUCAAGAACCUCCUGGGACAAAGGGGAAAGAGGACAAUCGAUGAGAGAAGUUGUCGAAGGUUGGUGCCAACUGUGGGAAAAAACGGCACGUAAAAUAUCCAAAGAGCAAUCUGGAGUGAUACUUUCAACCCGUACCAUACGCUGCACUCUAAACCAAGAAGGGCUUUAUGGGUGAAGGCCAAGGAGGACCUCAGGGCUGAAAGAAAGACAUAGAGCUCUUUGGCAAUGCAGACCAGCGAUUUGUUUACAGGCAAACGAAAUGAAGCUUAUAAGGAAAGAAGACUUACAGUUAAACAUGGUGGAGGAUCCAUAAUGUUGCGGUGCUGCUUUGCUGCCUCUGGUACUGGAGGCCUAUACCAUAUUAAAGGAAUCAUAAAAUCAGAGGAUUUCCAAAGCACUUUAGAGCGAAAUGUGCUACACAGUGUAAAAAAAAGUAGGUUUGGGUCGAAGAUAAUGGGUCCUCCAGCACGAUAAAAGACCCAAAGCACACAUCCAAAGGCACAAAAGAAUGGUUGAAAAGGAAAAAAUGGACUGUUUUAAACUGGCCAGCAAUGAGUCCUGAUCUCAAUCCAAUUGAAAAUCUUGAGAGAAAGCUGAAAUCGUCCAUUGGGAAAAGGAAUCCUGCAAACAUUCAGGAACUUGAACAAAUUGUAAUGGAAGAGUUGGAGAAACUACCAGCAGACCGGUGCAAGAAGCUUAUACUGUAGGCGGCCUUUAAUGCUGUCCAGGUCAUAUUUGAGAUUUCUUCUUUGAAAUCACUACAUGUAAGUUGAAAGGGAAUGUUUUUUUUGUAGAAUAAUUUUAGACAUUAAAAUAUUGUGAUGAUACAAAGUUUGUACAUUUCCAUUUAUUUCUGAAGUUACUGUACAGGUUAUACAAAAAAAUCCAAGGGUGCCAAUAAUGUUGACCAGAACUGUCUUAUAUACCCAUAACUUCUAAGAGACAGGGUUGGGUG